GGUGUGAAUACACUGACGCUGAGAUUGACAAGGGGACGGCUUGAAGGCAUUGCUUGGUGGAGUUUGCCUUGAGCUGAAUCAGCUGUAGAUAGCUGGUCGGUGUUGUCUUCACUGUUUGGGAGUUCUCUGACUGUAAACCGAUUCAUUGGCGAACACCGGACAGAACAAAGGACGUCGAUUCAAGAUACGGACUCGGUGUUUGGGGCGACCUAGAAAACUAGCUAGCUAGUGGUAUCUGUGCGAGCGAUCACCAGGUAUAGAACAUAACCGAUAGGCAUGAGGGGAUCUCGGUAAUCAACAGGAUUGGAAGUUAAAGAAAUUACAGAGAGAAGAGCAACAAGGACCUCACUCAAGUGGUCAGCUGCCUCGGGAGGACAAAUUGAAAGUGUCUAGAUAAACUGGACGUUACAUAGUAGAUUAAGAAGCGGAAUAAAACACCAGCCAAAAUGAGGAAGUCGAGGCAUUACGGAUCUUGAUAGUUACGGCUGCCUCUCACAACAAUAGGCAGCUAGCUAACAGCCAAGGUAGCAAGCUAGCUGUCCUUGCACUACGUCAUCGCUGUCUCUCCACAGAGAAAGCUGGUUAGCUAGCUUAAUUGCAGGGAAACGGUGGCAGUGGUAUUUUAGCUUGCCAAGGCAGACUGUGGUGUUAGAAGUGUGUAGCCUACCGGUAAACUUAGAAUAAUGAGGUUUACAUAAAAUCUUCAGGUACAUAGGGAUCAGCUGGCUCCAUAGAGCUUGUUUACCUUGGAGGCGGGAGGUAGUACGAGUCAGACCCAGGGCAUCAACCUUAGUUUAGAGCCAGCUAAAAUAGCUAACAAUGUGAAUUAGCUAGCCAACGCUAGAUUUAUUACACGGGUGCAGUAGUUGACAUUUGUAGCUUGCUAGCCGAUCGCUAACAAGGAAAACCAUGAACCAGGCAUGUUCUCUUUAACGUUUCUGCUCUAGACAUUUGCCUCAUUUUAAUAAUUAGAUACAUAGUAUUCUCCACAUCUAGAAACACAGUGUUACAAUUGUGUCUAGAUUUUAUUUUGCCAACCAACACCAGAGAACGCUGAGUCCUAACACGUUCUACACGUUAUCCAGCGUAGGUCUGGUACUGAACAUAGUGCUAGACUAAACACUUCCUCGACGCUUGCCAACUCGUUUAUUUUCUGAGUCUGUAUCAUUUUCGGAACAAUCAUUAUGGCAGCCGUCGUGAACUAUUCUCCGCCUUGGUGGGUUAAUUUGCUUCACCGAAUCCCUCACUUCAAUCUACAGUUCGAGCAAACUAGCAGUGAUUUUCGUCCCGAGGACUCCUCAUACCAACAGGCCAUCCUGCUGGUGGGAGGUGUGGCGCUGGCCUGCCUGGCGGUGGACCUCCUCUUCCUGCUGUUCUACUCGCUGUGGCUGUGCUGCCGGUGCAAGAAGAGCGAGGAGACUUCCAGCGCCGACUGCUGCUGCACCGCCUGGUGUGUCAUCAUCGCCACACUCGUCUGCAGUGCUGGCAUAGCAGUUGGUUUCUACGGAAACGGUGAGACAUGUGAUGGGGUGAAUAGGCUGACGUACUCUCUGCGCCAUGCCAACCGCACCGUGACGGGAGUGCAGAAACUGGUAUUGGACAGCACUGGGGCCCUAAACCAGACGGGUGAUGACAACCUGCAGCAGCUGGAGCAGCGCUACAGUAAGCACACGGACUACGUGGCCAUCGUGCAGAAGCUCCAGGGCCAGCUGGGCGAGCUGGUCCGGCAGAUGGGGGAGGUCCCCUUCUGGACCAACCCACGCGUCUCCCUGGAGGAGCUGGCUGUCAACAUCGAGCUCUAUGACUGGUACAGGUGGCUUGGCUACCUCGGCCUGCUGCUCUUUGAUGUGCUCAUUUGCCUCCUGGUGCUCUUCGGCCUUAUCCGCAACUCCAAGAACACUCUGAUUGGAGCUUGUUUAUUGGGCGUGUUGGCACUGGUUAUCGGUUGGGCAUCCCUGGGCCUUGAGUUGGCUGUUUCCGCGGGAUCCAGUGACUUCUGUGCAUCCCCCGACACUUACAUCAUCGAUGUGACUGCACAGUAUGACCUCAUCAACAAAGAUAUCCUGCACUACUACCUGAGCUGCAGCGUGGGCCGGACCAACCCCUUCCAGCAGAAGCUGUCUGGGAGCCACAAAGCUCUGGUGGAGAUGCAGGAUGACGUGUCAGAGUUGCUGCGCUCUGCCAUACGCGAGUACCCACAGACCAAGGGUAAUCUGGAAGAGAUCCAAGGAGUGCUGAACACCACAGAGGUUGGGCUGCACCAGCUAACUGCCCUGGUGGACUGCCGCAGUCUACACAUGGACUAUGUGCAGGCGGUGACGGGUGUGUGUUAUGACGGGCUGGAGGGCCUCAUCUACCUGGUGCUCUUCUCCUUCGUCACGGCGCUCAUGUUCAGCUCCAUCGUCUGCAGCGUGCCCCACACCUGGCAGGGGAAAAGGUCUGAAGAGGACAGUGAGGAGGACUCUCUGGCCCACGGCGACAGGCCGAACCCUGACAGCCUGUACCGCGUACACAUGCCCAGCCUCUACAGCUGUGGCAGCUCCUACGGCAGCGAGACCGAGAUCCCAGCCGCCGCACACACAGUCAGCAACGCCCCUGUCGGGGAGUACAUGACUCAGAACGCAAACUUCCAGAACCCACGUUGCGAGAACACCCCCCUCAUUGGACGAGAGUCCCCACCCCCCUCCUACACCUCCAGCAUGAGGGCCAAAUAUCUCGCCGGCAGCCGGCCAGACCCCAACAGCCGGCCAGACCCCAACAGCCGGCCAGAUCCCAACAGCCGGCCAGACCCCAACCCAGACCGCAUCUCUGCAGCGCACUAAAGCACACCAGCCCUGGAACCACACCUGCAAACCCCUCUUUAGCUCCUGGAGCCCUGGAACCACACCGGCAAACCCCUCUUUAGCUCCUGGAGCUCUGGAACCCAACCCCCUCCUCUCCUCUCUCAGCCACCAGAGCUCCUUGUCUACUCUGCAGUCUGUGAUGUGACAGACAUUCCCCCCACUGCCAUUCUCAAUCCCCCCCUGCUUCAAUCUCUGGCACUCUCUCAGUCUCAGUCUCUCUCUCUCUCUCUCUC